AUGGACGAGAACGAAGAUCAAUGUAUGCAAGAUCAAAGAUCCAUAUGGAGGGAUCAAAAGCGACGACAGAGAAAAUCGCUCACCCCAGAACAAAUAGAUCGUCUAAAUACCAAACGAAGACUCACUUAUGCCUCUGAAAACAAAUCAAAUGCUAUAGCAUCCCCUGAGAGUCAACCCCAAAGGCCAUGUUCAGAAGGGCCUAUGAUUGUUAACAACACUCCCAACACUUUGGGAGCUCGAAGGGCUAUGGCAGACAUCACUAAUCGUGCCAAUAAUGUCACGACUGGAUGUGAAAGACGUGAACUGCAACCUAUUGAUGAACUUCGUUUACUCGAUACUCGGGCAAAUCUAGAAAAUCGAUUUUUUAGCGUCGGUGAAGGUAGGGCAACAAAUCUGACAAUAUCAGACCCAACAUCAAACUCAAGAGAUAUGCCCAAUCGAUUCUUUUGUGUUGGCGAAAGCAGUACAGCCAAUGCACGUAUACCAGACCCUACUUCAGACGAUGGAGACAUGCCGCAUUUUGUUGAGGCGGAGAAUGAAAUACGCAUUCCGGGCCUAUUAUUCAAUGUCGGUGAAUGUCAUGCAGUCGACACCAACAACAUAUCAAACCCUAUCUCUGAUGAUAUAAGGGUCUGGACAGUAGGGAGAACUGGUUACAGAAAUUGUGCAAGAAAUUACCACGAGAGUCAUGGGGUUCCUAUAUUCAGUUUGCCAUCCAUGAAAACAUGUCCACAUUGCCAGGCACGCCUUUUCCAUUGUGAAUCUACUGAACUAUGUUGCUUAAGCGGGAAGGUUAACUUACCUGAUUUUCCAUUGUCCGCUGAUAUGCUUGAUCUAUAUUCUGAUCAAUCGGAAUAUGGGACUCAUUUUAGGCAAAAUAUUCGUAAAUACAACCACGUAUUUUCAUUCACUUCAAUGGGAGUUCAUUUAGAUGACGAACUAGCAAAUGCACGUCAAGGUGUGUACACAUUUCGUGCACAAGGUUCAAUUUACCAUCGCAUUGGAGGUUUCUUACCUUUAAAUGCAGAAGAUCGUCCCCGGUUUCUUCAACUCUACAUUUACGAUACUGAGCAUGAAAAUGAAAAUCGUGCAGCCGAGAACUCAUCAUUGCGGCUCGAAGUCAUCGACAGAAUCAAGAAUAUUUUGAAUGCUCACAAUCCUUUUGUCCACAAUCUUCGUCAUCUUGCUCAGCGUAGUGACUUAAAUGAUUGCAAAUUUGUCAUCAAAGAGCAACCUACAAAUAAACAUCAAUACUCAAUGCCGACAGCUUCCCAAGUAGCAGCAAUUGUAGUUGGCGGUGAUGACAUUUCCAACUUGAAAGAUAGGGAUAUCAUGAUAGAGUCAGUAACUGGGCAACUGAGUUAUAUCAAAGACACUGCCGGUUAUUAUGACCCAUUGCAGUAUCCUCUACUUUUUCCUUAUGGUUCUUACGGCUGGGAUUUAAACAGUCGAAGUUCCACUGGUAAAAAGUUGACAUGCCGGGAAUUCUAUGCAUACAUGUUUCAGAUGCGUCAAAAUCUUGAUUCUCUAAUCUUGAGAGGCGGGCGUCUACUCCAACAAUUUGUUGUCGAUAACUGUGUAAAAAUGCAAGCCAAUAAUUUGAGGUGGAUUGCACUCAACCAAGAUAAGAUACGUGCUGAUUUAUACAAGGGUUUAGAGGAUUCUUUACAUGCUGGAGAGCAUAACACAGAAAAUGUUGGACGACGGACCAUACUACCAUCUUCAUUCGUAGGAAGUCCAAGAGAUAUGCACCAGAGGUAUCAAGAUGCCAUGGCAUUGGUUCAUAAGUUCGGCAAGCCCGAUUUAUUUCUUACAAUGACAUGCAAUCCGUCUUGGACAGAGAUACAAUUAGAAUUGUUGGCCGGACAAGUACCAAACGAUCGUCCAGACCUAUUGACACGGGUUUUUCAUGCUAAACUUGAAGAGCUGAAAAAGGAUGUUUUAGAAAGGGGCAUCCUCGGAACGGUUGUUGCUUAUGUAUAUGUGAUUGAAUUCCAAAAGAGGGGUCUUCCACAUGUUCAUAUGUUAUUGAUUCUUGAUCAGAAUGACAAGCUAACCACUCCGGAUGACUUUGACAAGAUUGUGAGAGCAGUAAUUCCCGAUGAACAAGUGGAACCAAAAUUGUAUAAGGCAGUUCUUAAACACAUGAUUCAUGGCCCAUGUGGUGUUCUCAACCACAAAUCCCCAUGUAUGAAACAAGGAAGUUGUAAGAAAGGAUUCCCCAAGGAAUUCUCAAAUGAUACAAAGCAAGGCAAUGACUCAUAUCCUCUUUAUCGCCGUCCACAAGAUCGUCCAGCAGUACCAUUGCGUGAAAAUUCACGAGUUCGUGUAGAUAAUCGGUGGGUAGUCCCAUAUAAUCCAUUUUUGCUCCUAAAAUAUGAUUGCCACAUAAAUAUUGAGAUAUGCAGCAGCAUCAAGUGUGUCAAAUAUCUGUAUAAGUACAUCCAUAAGGGUUCAGAUAGAGUCUCUAUGGAAGUUCAUAACGGAGAUGAGAUUGCACAAUAUGUUGAUGCACGGUGGAUUUGUGCACCCGAAGCUAUGUGGAAACUUUACAAAUUUCCCAUGACUAGAAUGUGUCCUUCCGUAGACCGUUUGCAGGUUCAUUUGCCAAACAUGCAUCAAGUGAGGUUUGAAGCGAACCAACCAAUCUCAAGCGUGUUAGAGAACCCAAGAAACUCUAAGACGAUGCUCACUGAAUUUUUCAAGAUGAAUUCGAUUGAUCCAAAUGCAAGGAGAUAUCUUUAUCGAGAAUUUCCAGAGCAUUACAGGUGGUUAUCGACUUCACGUGAAUGGCAAAAGAGAAAAAGUUCACAACGGGUUUUGGGUCGAUUGUAUGUAGCUUCACCGUUGGAAGGAGAACGGUUUUAUAUGAGAAUGUUACUCAAUCAUGUGAGGGGGCCUACGUCGUUUGAACAUUUAAGAACGGUCAAUGGUGUCAUACACCCAACAUUCAGGGCUGCAGCUGAAGCCCUCGGUCUAAUCGAAAAUGAUGAAAGCAUUCGUCAAUGUCUUUCAGAGGCAUGUUCGGUACGAAUGCCAACUGCAUUACGUCGAUUAUUUGCAACCAUCUUGAUAUAUUGUCAACCAACAGGAUUGCGUUCACUGUGGGAUGAGUUUUUCCCUUACAUGGUUGAGGAUUAUCCAACUUCCAACACAACAAACAAUUGUGUUUUUCUCACUAACAAACUUUUGCAAGACUUGGAUAGGUUAUUACGACCGCUAAGAAAAAAGAUUUCUGACUACACGGAGUUACCAAGUUUACCUGAAAGUCUGAUGACAUAG